AACAACUGCACAGAUGCAGAGACAGACAGGGCAUCGAAACUGAUUGCAGAUCGGUCUGUGUUAGACAGAGAGGGGUCUGUGCUCUCUGCUUGAGCAGCUCUGGGAACAGAUAUGGACGCUGCGCGUGCACGCGUUUACAGAUGCGGACUAUUGUAGCAUCAUUACAGAAACUAACCUUAUGGAGAAGUCCGAGAUGAGGAAGUCUGUAAGAUUGAAGGAAACUCAGACCGCAGAGGACAUCAUUUCGUCUUUCCUAACGGCCUCUGAUGAGAAUCAGAACAAAAUGCUGGAGGCAGAGGUUGAGGAAGCUGUUAAACACAAUUCAGAGAACCUGGAAGAGAGGUCUCCAACAAGCAUCAAGAGCCAUAGCUGCUCUGUAGAUCAUGGCAGUCACUCUGGGACUGUACCACCUGGGCCUAGUCCUGCUCUUCUGGCUUCACUGCAGUCCCUCGUCGAACACAAUGAUCACAUGCUCCUCCCUCAUUCCUUACACCAGAUAGCGGAGGGCUACUUCCUUGAAAAGGACUAUCAGUGGUCAGUGGAGUUUCUCCAUCUAGAGAAGCUGUAUCAUGAAAGACUGCUGUCUAAUCUGGCCUCCAUACAAAAGGAAUGGGAGUCCCAGAGGAAAAUCAUCGUCCAAACCGAAAGUAACUCUAAUGGAACUGACAGAGAGAGAGAACAUAUGGAACUGUUGAGUCAUAUCUGCAGAACACACCAGAGACCUAACCUCGUUUUGGAAAAGAACAUGGACGACAAAAGACUACACAACAGCCCAACACUUGUGUCAGAGCACAGAAGAUCAAAACCAGAACAAGCUUCAGUGAACUCUACCGAGAGAGAAAACCGGGCAGAUGACUGCUCAUGGCUGGGAGCUGAACAGGAGCCAGAAGAGGACUGUGAGUUGAAUGACGAGGAGGAGGAGGAGGAGGAGGAGGAGGAAGAGGCAGAUCUUGAGGAAGAUGAGAGCUGGACUGAGGAGCUGCAGGAUGACACAGUCGUUGACGGCCAGGUUCCUGUGGCUGAUUUUCAGAAAUAUGGCUUAGUCUCCAUUUUAAAGAAGAGAGUCUAUGUCAAGGAAACGGAGAACGCCUUGCCACUAAAAGACUCAACCAAGCCCAGAGUCCGCUUUAGAGAGCCAGAAGAUGCUUUCGAUCAAGAUGAGUCGGCCAGAAACUCUUGCCUCAUCCUUCUCAUCUUGUGUCUGGUUACCGUGGUGAUUAGCAUGGGUGGGACAGCUCUUUAUUGUCUCGUUGGAGAGGCAUACUCAAAUGUGUGUGUCGACUUCUCACAAAACGUGGACUUUUACUUUGGACCUGUACGACGGGGAGUGGACGCUCUCGUACAGUGGCUGUCUUCUGAUGGAUUAUAACAGCUAUUUUAAGCUAUUUUAAAUGGAACUCUUUCUUAAUAGUAACAUUUUUCCGAUGAUAAACAACAGUAUUCCUCUUGAGAUAAUAUGCACUAAUGCACAUUACCAGACUGGCCUUAAGAAAUACUGCUUUAGUGAGACUAUACAAAUCACACGGGGCUUCCUAAUGCAUAAAUGAAUUUGUAUAAAAUAUUUAAUAAUGGUACAAAAAAACUGAACAUUACAGAUAAUCCUAAUAUACCACUUGUUACAGAUAGUCUUAAUAUACCACUGCUGUUCUUCGAAU